GUCACGUGGGCAGGGACACAAGAUGGCGGCCGGCGGGCUGUGCGUGAGGAGCAGCAGGGAACUCUGGACCAUUGUGAAGGGCAAAUCCGCUUUAAGAGAACCAGAUCAACUUUCAGAAGAGUUGAAUAAACAUUCCCAGAGGCUACUUGAAGGGCUUUCCUACUACAAGCUCCCCAGUGCAAGUUCAGCAGAAAAAGUGAAAGCUGAUAAAAAUGUGGCUGCUCCACUGAAGGAAUUUGGUCUCAGAGUCAGCAAGUUUUUGGGUUUGGAUGAAGAACAAAGUGUUCAGCUGUUACAGUGUUACCUUCAAGAGGAUUAUAGAGGGACCAGAGACUCGUUGAAGAUGGUUCUGCAAGAUGAAAGACAGAGUCAUGCAUUGAUGCUGAAGCUUGCAGACUACUACUAUGAGGAACGGAUUUGUAUUCUUCGCUGCGUCCUCCACUUUCUCACUUAUUUCCAGGAUGAGAGGCACCCUUAUAUGGUCCAGUUUUCACAGUGUCUGGAAAAACUGGAUAAAGAAGUGAUCCUUAAGUACCGGAAACAGUUUGAAGAGUUGUACAAAACAGAAGCACCUACGUGGGAGACCCAUGGAACUCUAAUGACAGAGCGGCAAGUUUCUCGCUGGUUCGCGCAGUGCCUCCGGGAGCAGUCCAUGGUGCUUGAAAUCAUCUUCAUUUACUAUGCCUAUUUUGAGAUGUUACCUGAGGAGCUGCUCGGUUUUGCCAAGGUGUUCAAAGAGCAGGGCUUUGGCUCUAGGCAGACCAACAGACAUCUGGUUGAUGAAAGCAUGGACUACCUCGUAGACCGUAUCGGGCACUUCAGUUCACUAAUUCUAGUGGAAGGCAUGGAAAUCGAGUCUCUGCACGACCGUUUACUGUACGACAGGAAAGAGGAGCAUAAAUUUGGCAGCGGCCAAAUCUUCCAGGAGAUGGAUUGCCUGCUGCUGACUCUAGGGGAUAUCUCCCAUCACGCGCCUGUCCUCUUGGCCUGGGCUGUGCUUCGCCACACGUUGAGCAAAGAAGAGACGACGGCCGCGAUCCUGCGCAUGGGCAGCACGGCCAUCCAGCUGAACGUUUUCCAGUAUCUGACGAAAAUGCUCCGGUCCGUAAGGAGCGAGGGACAGUGUGUUUACAGCACCGCGUGCAUGUGCACCUACGGCCUGAUCUCCAUUGUCCUCACUACGCUGGAGCUGCACACUCUGGGCAAUCAGCAGGAUAUCAUAGACACAGCGUGUGAAGUGCUGACUUCUUCAACCAUUCCUCCGUUGUUCUGGAAGAUGGAACCGACGGCAGGCCUGGCCAUUAUUUUGGACAGCGUCUGUGGGAUGUUCCCCCAUCUCCUCUCUCCUCUUCUGCAGUUACUUACCGCUCUUGUUUCAGACAAGUCUACGGCAAAGAAGGUAUACACCUUCUUGGAUAAGAUGUCGUUCUACAUCGAGCUGUACAAACACAAGCCGGCCGAUGUGAUCUCUCAUGAAGAUGGUACCUUGUGGCGGAGGCAAGCGCCAAAGCUGCUCUAUCCCCUCGGGCUGGGUCAAACAAACCUGAGGAUACCUCAAGGGACUGUGGGUCAGGUGAUGCUGGACGACCGGGCCUAUUUGGUACGCUGGGAGUAUUCGUAUAGCAGCUGGACGCUGUUCACGUGUGAGAUUGAGAUGCUGCUGCAUGUCGUGUCAACCGCUGAUGUGCUCCAGCACUGCCAGCGGGUUAAGCCCAUCAUUGAUCUGGUCCACAAAGUCAUCAGCACCGAUGUGUCGAUAGCCGAUUGCCUUCUGCCGAUCACGUCGCGGAUCUACAUGCUGCUACAAAGGCUAACGACUGUGAUUUCUCCCCCGGUUGAUGUUAUCACUUCCUGUGUGAACUGUUUGACAGUGCUGGCCUCCCGAAUGCCAGCGAAGGUUUGGACUGAUCUUCACCCUACAGGCUUUUUACCGUUUGUGGCAAAUCCAGUUUCUAGCAUGAGUCACAUGAUCAGUGCAGAGGGCAUGAAUGCCGGAGGCUACGGCAAUCUUCUCAUGAGCAUUGAGCAGCCGCAAGGCGAAUACGGGGUGACGGUCUCCUUCCUGAACUUAGUCAUGACGCUGGUCCGGGGACAACUGGGCAGCACCCAAAGCCAAGGCCUGGUGCCGUGCGUUGUGUUUGUCCUGAAGGAGAUGCUGCCGAAUUACCACAAGUGGCGCUACAAGUCCCACGGCGUGAGAGAGCAAAUCGGGUAUCUUAUUGUGCAGCUGAUCCAUGCAAUCUUGAAUCUGUUCCCUGACAUGGAUCCUCACAGCAGCAGUGCCCCCAGCCUGCAGUCCCUUUGCAUCUUCAGCCUGGCUAAUACCGAAGCAGGACAGGCCGUCAUCAACAUCAUGGGCAUUGGCGUGGACACCAUUGACGUGGUGAUGGCCAUGCAGUCCACUAGUGAGGAGCCCCAGAGCCAGUGUGAGAGCCAGGGCCAGCUCCUCAUCCACACAGUGAAACUGGCCUUCUCGGUCAUCAAUAACGUCAUCCGGUUAAAGCCACCAGCCAGCGUCGUGUCUCCUCUGGAGCACGCCCUGACUCAGCACGGCGCCCACAGGAACAACCUCGUCGCUGUCCUGGCCAAGUACAUCUACCACAAGCACGACGCAGCCUUGCCCCGCCUCGCCAUCCAGCUUCUGAAGCGGCUGGCCACGGUUGCUCCCAUGUCUGUCUACGCGUGCCUUGGCAACGACGCUGCCGCCAUCCGAGACGCCUUCCUGACACGGCUGCAGAGCAGAAUCGAGGACAUGCGCGUCAAAGUCAUGAUCCUGGAGUUCCUCACCGUGGCUGUCGAAACGCAGCCCGGCCUCAUCGAGUUGUUUCUCAACCUUGAAGUGAAAGACGGGAGUGAUGGGUCAAAGGAAUUCAGCUUAGGCGAGUGGAGCUGCCUUCACGUCAUCUUAGAUCUGAUAGACGCCAGGCAGCCCGAGCGCUACUGGUGCCCGCCGCUCUUGCAACGCGCCGCCAUCGCCUUCCUCCAUGCCCUGUGGCAGGAUCGCCGCGACAGCGCCAUGCUCGUCCUCCGGAACAAGCCAAACUUUUGGGGAAAUGUAACCAGCGCGCUCUUCGGAACACUUCCUCCGCCUUACGAAACGUCCGAGCUCAGUGUCUUAGACACCUGUGCCUUGAUCAUGAAGAUCAUUUGCCUGGAGAUCUACUAUGUGGUCAAGGGUUCUCUGGACCAGUCGCUCAAGGACAUGCUGAAGAGGUUUUCCGCCGAGAAGCGCUUUGCGUACUGGUCAGGCUACGUGAAGUCCCUGGCGUUCCACGUGGCAGAGACCGAGGGCAGCGGCUGCACCUCCAUGAUGGAGUACCAGAUGCUGAUUUCUGCCUGGCGGAUGAUACUCAUUGUUUCUUCCAGACACGCUGACAUCAUGCUCUUGACCGACUCGGUGGUCCAGCAACUGUUCCUGGACGUCUUGAGUGGGACUGAGGCCUUGAUGCUGGUCUCCACGUCCGUGCGCUGCUUGCAGUUAGGAUCCAUGCUGUGUACUCUUAUGUUAAUCCUGCUGAGACAGUGGAAGAGCGAGUUGGGCUCUGUAGAUAAAAUCAUAAAUUCCUUGACGCAGAUCCUGGAUGGGGUGCUACAGGCCGAUCAACGGGUGAUGGAGAAGCCCAAAGUCAAAGUGUUCUCUGCGCUCAUCAUGGUCCUGCAGACGAAAGAGGUGGAAGUGAGUGAGAUUCCUCAGUAUUCCCAGCUGGUACUGAGUGUGUGUGAGACGCUCCAAGAGGAAUUCAUCGCCCUCUUUGACCAGACGCGGCACUGCCUGACCGUGGGAGACUCCGUGGAGGACAAAGACAGCAUGGAGACGGACGACGCCUCCCGAUACAAGCAGAAGGACCAGCGAGAUGGGGUGUGCGUGCUGGGACUUCACCUGGCCAAGGAGCUCUGCGAAGUGGACGUCGAUGGCGAUUACUGGCUGCAAGUCACCCGCAAGAUCCCGAUCCUGCCCACGCUCUUCACCGCCCUGGAGAUCAGCUUGCGGGUCAAGCAGAACCUCCACUUCACGGAAGCCUCGCUGCAUCUCCUCCUGACUUUGGCCAAGACUCAGCAGGGGGCGGCGGCCAUUGCUGGAGCUGGCAUCAUGCCAAGCAUCUGUUUGCCCCUCUUGAGCGUGUACCAGUUGAGCAGUAACGGAGCCGGUCAGGUGCCGGCAUCAUCCCGGAAAUCUCUGGACGGCCCCUCGUGGCCCGGAGUCUACCGCCUUUCCAUAUCGCUGAUGGAGCGCCUCCUGAAGACCCUCCGGUACAACUUCCUAACCGAUGCGUUGGACUUUGUGGGUGUCCAUCAAGAGAGGAUCCUCCAGUGCCUGAAUGCGGUCCGGACAGUCCAGAGCCUGGCCUGCCUUGAAGAAGCUGAUCAUACUGUAGGGUUCAUUCUUCAGCUUUCUAACUUCGUGAAGGAAUGGCACUUCCACCUACCUCAGCUCCUGAGAGACGUGCAGGUGAGCCUCUGUUACCUGUGCCAGGCCUGCACCUCGCUGCUGCACAGCCGCAAAAUGCUUCAGCACUAUUUACAGGCCAAGAACGGAGAGUCCCUUCCGUCGGCGGUCGUGCCUCGCGUCCAGAGGCCUCCGCCGGCCUCCGCCAAGCCCCCGAGCCCCGAGACGGAAGCGGCGGAGCAGAAGGCGCUGCGUGCGGUGCAGUACGGCCUCUUGAAAAUCCUCAGCAAAUCCCUCGCCGCCUUGCGCCACUUCACUCCGGAUAUCUGCCAAAUCCUCCUCGACCAGUCGCUGGACCUCGCCGAGUACCACAUGCUUUUCAUGCUGAGCUUCGCGACUCCGGCCUUUGAUUCGGACGUGGCGCCCUCCUUCGGGACCCUCCUGGCCACCGUCAACGUGGCCCUCAGCAUGCUUGGGGAGCUGGAUAAGAAGAAGGAGCCUCUCACUCUGGCGGCAGGACUGGGCACCCAGCAGGAGGGGAAUAAAACCCUCAAGUCUCUCCUUAUGUUUACGAUGGAGAACUGUUUCUACCUGCUCAUCUCUCAGGCCCUCCGGUAUUUAAAGGACCCGGCUGUGCAACCGCGAGACAAGCAGAGAAUGAAACAGGAGCUCAGCUCUGAACUGAGCACCCUCCUCUCCAGCCUGUCUCGCUACUUCCGCCGCGGCGGCCCUUCCUCUCCUGCUAGUGGCGGUGGUGUCCUGCCCUCUCCGCAGGGAAAACCCUCCUCCAAGCUGGGGCCCGAGGGGCAGGAGCCCCUGUUCCAACUGGUCCAGGCCUUUGUCCGACACGUGCAGAGAUAAAAGCCUCCUCGCGCCCGUUUCAGGAUCCACCGCCGUUUUCGUCGGAUUCUGGCUGGGCCCCGGUUCCCUGCCCCCAGGAAGGAGGAGAAGCAGCAGCAGCUUUGACACCGGUGCCUGAAGAGUACCAUCCCUAAAAGAUGUGGAAUGGUUCAAAAACAAUGCCUUGUUCAGAACACAAGUAGUUCCGUGUGUUACGAGUAAAUUGGGGUUUUGCCUUAGCGAACCAAUUCCGUACUUUUUCUUGCUCAUCUGCGGCCGGGGAGGGAUGUUUUGCAGGGAUCCUUUCCCCUGGAGUGGGCAUCAACUUGUUGGGUGAAAGAGGCAGCCUUUCUGGUGAAGCCAAAAGACUUGUGCUUUUUUAGUUCUACCAACUGGACUGGCCGCUGCUGCUGGGGUGGCAGAGUGCCGGCGAGGCGUUUUUACGGGGCCCUCCUCUUUCCAGACAAGUUUUAAAGUCAAGAAAUCCAUUCCUCCGGUCUCACUUUUUGUACCGCUCGUUCCCUAUUUAUACCGAUUAAAAACGUUUCUAAGCAAUA